GACUGAUUUUCGUGUAAUUCUGUAAAUAAAGCCACAGUCCGCAGCGCGAGACAUGACUCUGGGGACGCCAUCAGCUGAGCGCCCAAACCCCAGCAUGGCGGCGGUCCAGUGGUGAUCCUUGCGUGUGGUGACUUGUGGUGGCUUUUUCCGUGUGUGCGUGGCUUGGCGAGAGGUGCUGGCUAUUCCGCUGGGGGCUGGCCCGUCCUGGCGGUGACCAAGGGCUGUCAGGAAGGCUCCCCUAAGCUAGCAAAGGGUAGAGAUAGCGGUUCAAGGGUCGGUCUGGCUGGAUGGCGUGGUAAACAUUCCUCCUGCCUCUCUGUGCUGACCGAGAUAUUGUCUAUUAAACUGUAAGUUGUUCCCUGAGUGUCCUUACCCGGAUAUUACCUGCCAGGGAGGAGGGGAGAGUGCCUUGGUCCUCUUGCAUCUCAUUCUGGCUCUAAGGAAACCAGGAAUAAGAGAUAAAGGUGUUUUCCCCAAGUGUGAAGGUGCACGCCCUCACCUCGCGGAUGUAAACACUGAUAACCGCCCAGACCGAGACCCAGACACAGGACAGCUGCAGGGGAGGGCCUAUCUACUAUAAAAAUGCCUGCGUACCACUGUAACAUGCCGCACCCUGGCACCGUGGUGGGCAACAUGGCCAUGCUGCCGCUGCGGACCAAGUACCGCGGCCCCGCCCCUCUCAUGGCCGGAGAGGGCAUUGACGUGGUGGACGAGGCGCUGCAGUACUUCAAGGCUAACGUGUUCUUCCGCACCUACGAGGUCAAGGGUGAGUGUGACCGCACGCUGAUCUAUAUCACUCUGUACAUCACCGAGUGCCUCAAGAAGCUGGCCAAGUGCAAGGACAAGAACACCGGCUCCAAUGAGAUGUACUCUCUCGCUGUGUCCAAGUUCCCCAUCCCCGGCGACCCAACCUUCCCCCUCAACGCCGUCUAUGGCAAGCCCAAGAACGACGCCGACCUGGAGUUGAUGCAGCAGUACCUCCAGCAGCUGCGGCAGGAGACAGGCCUCAGGGUGUGUGAGCGCGUCUUCAACACCCCUGACGGCAAGCCCUCCAAGUGGUGGCUGUGCUUCACCAAGAAGAAGUUCAUGGAUAAGUCUCUGUUGGCCCCCAGUGCAUAGUGUCACCACUGCCCCCUCCCCCCCACUACCACUCCCACAGUGUCUGGUUCUUUACUGGUGAUUGUUAUAUUCAGUGUUUAAACCAUUCCACACUAGGAAGAAGUAGGUGGGAAAUAUCACAUCAGUUCCUGGUGUUAUGUGUGUGAAUGUGUCCUGUUACUGAGAAUGCUUGACUUGUAAGGCUGUGCAGUGGCUGGCUCUGCAUCCUGUCCCAGCCUUAGUCACCACUGGAGGGAGGGAGUAGAGCCUCAGCUGAUUGGGUUAUAGCAAGUAGAGAGAGUGGUCUGCUACCCCUCAGUCAAGUGUGGAGUUGAGUGCGGUGUGUGUUAGAAAGGCUGUCGCGUGCCACAAAGGAAGGGUUAAUUGUACAGUUGAACCCCGAGGAACAUCUGUGUGAUUCAUGAUCUGUGGAUACAAUUAAGUCUUAUUGCUUUUUUAGGCAGAAUGAAUGCUGACUUUACUUUUAGUCCCAUGUUCGUGAAUGUCAGAGUAACUUCGUUAUUUUUAAGGCAUUCAUAGUUAACUAACAAUUGAUUGUUUUAUAUUGUGUGGGAAUGUUAUUCUUUGUGUAUCAGAGUAAUUAAAAUGAUCAUUAUACUUUAA